AUGCCAAGUGGUGUGCUUGAUGUAGCUAUUCUUGAAGGACGUAGUCUUAAGAAUUGCGAUUUUAUUGGUCAAAAUGAUGCAUAUGUUGAAGUUUAUAUGAGCAAAAAAUACAAACAACGUACAAGAACAAUUAAAAAUUCGAAUAAUCCAACAUGGAAUGAAGAACUUAGAUUUAAUAUUCAUAAAGGUGAUGAUACAAUUCAUUUUGAUGUCUAUGAUGAUGAUCUCAUUGGUAGAGAUACAAUUGGAAAAUGUUCAAUUAAAUUAAAAAAAGUAUUCGAAGAAGGUGAAUUUGAUGAAUGGAUUAAAUUACCUUCUCUUCUUGGAAUACGUUUCCGUGGUGAAAUUCAUGUUGUUAUGAACUUUACAGUAAGUCACCGCUAA